AUGAAGUCCCAUGCAGACAAUAUCCCGUCUCUGCUGGGUCCUGGGGACCGAGACUGGCACCAGGCCCACCCACCUCGCAAGCCGCCCCCCACACAAGCUUCCGCCAGUGCCACGCCCUGUCACCCUGCGCUGGAGAGCUCCCCGCUGGUCCCCUUUCCUCGUGGGCAAGGGCUUGUCCUGACCGAGGGCGCCGGGUGCUGUCUCACCGAACGGCAGAGGGGCCGGUGUUCCAGAAGGCGUGUUCUGGAGUGUGGAGGAAAACCCAAGGAAGUCCAGAAGGGCCUCUGGGAAGAGCUCCUCAAGCCACAGGGUGACCAGGCAUUGACUUAUCCACCGCAAGCCCAUAGGGGGCACCCCAACCUUCCAGGGGCUGUCCAGGUCCAGCAGGAAGAGCCACAAAGGGCAAAGGCUCCCUGUUCUCUUCGGUGUGCCCGCUGGGUCCCCACAGGCUCUGGGGAGGAAGCACGCUCUCUGUUGGCAUCUCUCUGGGCACACACAGAGUCCUCCUCUUCCUCCUCGCUGCGGCCCACACGGCAUACCACGGCAGGCCCUGCACUGUGCAGGGGCAUGGAGAGGAAGGACUCGGGGUGCUGUGAGGCCCCAAAGAAGCUGAGCCUGUCCUUUUCCAUCGAGGCGAUCCUGAAGAGGCCCCCUGAGAGGAGAGGUGAGCGCAGACCUCAGCGCGCAGGGGGAGAGGACCCAGGGCAAACAGCAGCUGCCGGCUCCAAGCCGGAGAGGCGGGCCCAGGAUCAGCCCCAAGAAGAGAGGAAAGGCAAGCGGAGAGUCCGAACCACCUUCACCACGGAGCAGCUGCAAGAGCUGGAGAGGCUCUUCCGCUUCACCCACUACCCAGACGUCCACGUCCGCACCCAGCUGGCUGCCAGGAUCAACCUGCCUGAAGCCCGGGUUCAGAUCUGGUUCCAGAACCAGCGAGCCAAGUGGCGGAAGCAGGAAAAGAUGGGCAGCCUCGGUGCCCCGCAGCAGCUGGCUGAGGCUGGCUUGGCCCUGCCCUCGGCUCUGGAUGUAGCUGUGAGUGGCCCAGUGAUCAAGGGGAACUGGAGAGACCAUCUUCUGGGAAGAUGCCAGCCAGACCCAGAGGGCCCCCUGCUGCUACCCACUGCUCUGCCCAUGCUGAGUCCUCCCACUGGGUGCUACCCACUGGCUCAGACUCAGCUGACCUCGCCCUGCUUCCCUGCCCAGAUCACCCUCAUCCCACAGCACCCAUGGGAGCCGCAGCCCCACCCAGGCCCACUCAGCCAACAGGCCUAUGUGUCUGCGCUCUACCUCCUACGGCCUCCACACCCCAAGUGGGGCAGCAGCUGUGCCACUUCAUCAUAAGGACUGGACAGUCGCCCCACCUCAAGCAAGCCACCCUCCUCUCCCCGGUGAUGGCAGGUGGUGUCCUGGGCCUCAGGAGGAAAAGAAAAAAUCACUCCACAAUCCAGUGAUGGCUCACAGCCCAGAAAGGAAGCUGCCCGGAAAAGACCAUUGACAGGCUGUACUGGCUACAGCAGCCCUUGAACGGCCAAGGAUAGAGUUCGGCUUACUCUCUCUGCGUUCAGAAGAUUGGUCGCCUGG